UCUAGGCGCUCUACAUAUACCUGGAUUUGUUUUCAAUGUCAGACAUAUUACGUGGAAUGAUAGGAAAUCGACCCGCAGGAUUUGAGUUUUACGGUGUCAUUCGCGAGGUGCUGAGGCCCUGAGUACUUAUAAGCAGUCAAAUAUGUUUGACCGGUCGACCCUUGAUUGGCAUGUUACUGUAUCAUGGUGCUGUUGCUAAAGGCAGGCCUGAUGAGUCAACUAGUCACGCUUGACCCUGAUUGGAAUUGUUAUAUAUUCUGCUUACCAGGCACGGCGCCGUGCUCGAUACUAGCACCUUCAUUCGACUCUCUCUUAAACAUGGAUUCACAAACCUUCAUCCAUCUCUCAACCAUCCUCCAGUCCCAGAAUUAUUUUUUCGCAUCACUAGUGGCCUCUUGGGUCUACGAUUGUUUCCUAACCUUGGACCAGGAGGUAUCUUUGAUUCAUUGGCCACGGUGGAGCAAAGGAAGUAUUCUUUAUAUCAUGGCGAGAUACAUGCCAGCCUUGAUGCUCUCUGUGCACUUAUGCAUGAACUAUCUCCCGAAUGAAAAAAUUGUGACUUGUAAAAUUCUACAGUCAAUGUGGUAUUGUACUGCUGCAUUGUGCGUGGCUGGUGCAGAAGGUAUCUUCAUGCUUCGUACCUAUGCAUUGUGGGGACAAAAUAAAUCCAUUCUGGGCCUUAUGUUGUCGACGGUACUGUGCCUGGGGAUCUUGAACAUGGUAAUAACACUGAAGGUUUGGAAGCAGUCGAGACAGAUCAUGGUACUCACCAUGAUUCGUGUAUAUUGGGCAUACCGCGAAAGAAGGUGUCUGCUGCUCGAUAUCCUUUUACAACACAACAUAUUUUACUUUGGAGCUGGGCUAAGAAACCCGAAUCCAACUCGAUGUCGGCUGGGGGUCCUGAUACUUUUUUUACGCAGUUCAACUCCUCAAAUAUGUUUGCAACAUUUCAAAUCGUCAUGCAUACGAUCCUCGUUACUCGGAUGCACCUACAGCUUUGCAAUACCGUUCGCGACUCCCCUGAUCCCGGAACCACAUCACAUUCUCAAUUGACAAAUAUUGAACUUCAGACGCGUUCGCAUUUGAAUGCAUGAUGAUUCGAUGGAACUUGUGCAUUUCAUUUUCAUUCAGAC